CUCUGGCCAAUCCUGUAUAGUGUGUGUGGAAUUGGGGACAGCAUCAGCAGCAACGGCAGCAUAUUUUCUGAGGAACGAACGUCUCGAGAUUCAUACGAAUGAACGCUGUUUUGUAACAAUCUGCCACUUUGACGCUACCACUAGAAUCGUCUACGCGCCAUGAACACCACUACCGAAGACGCAUCGUCCAGCGCUGAUGAGCAAACUUCAAGUUCCGACCCUACGCCCAGCGCGUCCGGGAUUCAGCCAUCGGGCACACCUAAUGAAGCUUCGCACAAUCUGUCGAGUGCGAAGUCUGAACCUUCGAGUGGCACUCCCAAGAAGGCGUCCGGCGGGACACCUCAGAGCCCCACCACUUCGGUACGUGACGCUUCUGGCUUUGCCGGCCAGAGAACUACGUCGAGUGUUCUGCAGCCCGCUGUAUCUGUGCCUAAUCCUGUUCUUGUGGAAGAAAAGAACCCACUCGUCACGUUGAAUGAGCAGAAGCAUCCGGGCUCUGCAGGAAAACGUGUGAAACUGGAAGAGAAGCAUUCUUUAGCUGAGCCGGUUUCUGACAAGAGAGACGACGUGGGAAACCGUGGUAAGCCUGGUUCAGAUGCAUCAACCGAGCUUCCGCGACAGGACAAGAACACGCAUAGGUCUUCACCAAUGCCGAUCGAGGGAAACACUUUGGCAGCACCUAAAUUGGGCGAAAUUUCCAUGACUGAAAGCACAGAAGAAUCGACGGCGGACGAAGAGCGUGGUGACGCCUCCGCUUCUGGCAGUUCCACCGUCACCGAAAGCGAAGAAGCCGGAGAUCGCGGGAUGCGAGUGAUUCCAGUAUUGGAAAGCGCGGUUUCCUCAGACAAUGAACCUUCAAGUUCUGUCGGCAAGCCAGCGACAUCAAGUGGGGGACAACGUGUUGUUGCUUGGCGGAAGCCUACUUCAGCGGAAGAAAAAAGCGCAGCUGUGCUAUCGACGGAUCAAGGACGCACGAAUGCUGCAAAAAAAGAGGGACAGUUGGAAUUGAAGCAAAGUUCAGCUGAGCCCGCUUCUCGCGAAGGAGAUCACUUGGGAGGUGAAGGCGAGCACGGUUCGAAGGCGCCGCGUCAGAUUCAGCGACAGGAUGAAGUUACAAGUCGCCCAUCCACAAACGAAAAAAGGGAAAGCCUGUCGACAGCACUGAAGUCUGAAGAGAGUUUCGAAACUGAAAGCAAAAGCGAAUCGUCGCGAAGUGAAGAGGGCACACGUGGCUCCGUUCCUGGCACUUCUACUGAGAGCCGAAGCCAGCAAGAAGCCGAUCGUAGCACGUCGGCUGUUCCGGAGCUUUCAGCUAGCCGAAAUACCAUGAGGGUGACGAAAGCCGACAAACGUCUCACGAUGGAGGAACAGAAGCCACGUAGCUUCCGAAGGCCUGAAUUCCAAGAUAUUUCAUGUGCCGAAAGCCGUCAUCGACUUACCGAGGCAGCUUCAACUGACGAACGCAUUCAGGGCGCCCAAGUCGAUGGUGCAGUGCUUCAUUCAACAAGGCGAUUAAGUCAGAGCGCUCCUCUAGAGCCAAUUGGAGGAAGAGAGACUCAGAAUGCUGUGGAAAAAAGGGAGGAUAGAUCAGCUUUGAAACGUCCAUCAGGAUUGUUUAAGGACAGCUCUAGCCAUAGGGUGGCUCCUCAGACUGUGAGCAAGCCGCAGUCGCCUGUUUUAUCAUCCUGUCUGCCUUUUGACGCAAGUCGUACGUUUUCUGUCACAGAGAUGCUCAGGCCUGAUCUGCAGAGCAUGACACCGGGAGGCCAAGACUACGGAAGAACAAAUAUUGAGAAGGCAGCGCUCGAAACACAGCAUCGAACGGGUACAGUCUCUUCGGACCGACUUUCCUCUACUACUACCACGGAAAGAAGGGUGUCUGCUGCGCAGUUCUUUACCCCCGACAAGCAUCCGUCGAAGACUCUCAAGUCAAAGUUGGUUCUUGAUGACAUGCAACUUCACGCGGAGGCUCCGAAAGCUGCAAGGCACCCGACAGCUACUGCCUCGGAGAAAUUCAGGCAAAAGCAAGAGAGCUGGAAACUGGGGUCACACGAGCAACAGUCGAUGACGGAACACACCGACACAGGUAUCCUCAAGAUGCCAGCCAUGCAAAACUUGAGUUCUCCAGCAGCCAUGAAACCUGACCCUUCCACUAUGCCAUUGAAGGAAAGGAGCCAUCAAACCAGUAUUUCAUUUGGUCGCAGAGAAGAGUCUGUGAAGAUUACAGAGCAUGAACCAUGGGACGCAGUGCCCCAGAGCAACACAGAUGACUCAUAUAAGGACGCGGCGAUAACGUCUAUGCCUAUCGCCGAUGAGCGUGUGCAAGUGACAGUGGAAGAAGCGAGCGAGAGAUUCGAUGUAAGCAAAAGCGCAGUUGCAGAGGCUACUUCAAAGGAUCUACGACCGAGAAGGCUUCAUUCGAGCAAGAAACGCUUCUCCAAAUCUCGUCUUAGGGGAAGUAAAGCGUCAAUUGGAAGGGAGAAGGCAGUUUUACCAGAUUCAUCGCCUUCAUCUACACCCGUAAGCGAACGAGUAAACGAUAUGGGUGGCUUGUCGAAGCAGGAGGAGAUUCAGUCAACUGCUGGCUACGGUGCUGACGUUAAAUCGGAGUCGAACGAAGAAAUAGGCCUAUUGGGGCGAAGAAGCUCGCAUGCUUCGACAACGCGGAGCGCCUACAGCCGCAGUGGCAGGACGGAUCCUACGGCGCCAUACCUGUCGGAAGCAACAAAUUUCGCGGUCGCAGAGCCGGACCUUCCUAUUGUAGAUCAGCCGGUACCUUCAGAACGCUUCCUUUAUCCGACGGCUAUGUGCCUGGCCCUUGUGCUAGUAUUGUUCCUAGGCCUUGUCUUCUGGCCUAGGCGGGGCGAACCAAUUGUGACCAGUCGGCGCAGCGCGAGCUGCAGCUCCGUCGGCUGUCUCCGAAACGCCGUCUAUCUCAGCAACCUUCUGUCCUGGCGUGAAGUCGACCCGUGCAACGAUUUCUACGCGUUCGUUUGCCGACGAUGGAAGAGCCGCUUCCCUGCGCCUUUUAAAUACCAAUCGAUUUCGACGGACGAUGAUUACGCCGCUUUCCUGGAGGACAAAGUCUACGUCUCGAUUCGGAAUUACUCCGGAAGUCCGAAGAUGCUGCGGCCGCUCAGAGAUCUCCACGAGAAGUGCAUGAACGUCAGGUUAAUCGAAGACGAAGGCUGGAACGCGCUUCUCGAGCUGAUGUCGGAGAUGUCUCUGGACGGCUUUCCGCUGACGCCACCGGUGCGAGACAGCAUCUCUGUGUGGUCGGCAGCCGCGAAUAUUCUGCGGAAGACUGGCUCCGCCGCGCUGCUGAGCGUCGGCGUCGCGUCUCAUGCUGCUUCCGCGAACGUCGUCUCGGUAGGACCUCCCGAGUUGCUGACGACCACAGGGAAUGUGGACGCCAACGACGCGAUCAGGUUGUACACGUCUGCUAUCUUCGCUGCAGUCAAGGCUCUCAGGAAGGAUUACGUGCCUCCCGUGGAGAUCCUUGCCAUAGUAAAAUUCGCCAGCGACCUAGAGAAACUGGGCCAGUCGAGGGUGACAGCCGAUGCCUCAAAGAUCGACAUUCUCGACUCGCCGUCGUACUUGCUCGAAUUUCUCACGGCGGUGUUUCGAGGACGCGAGGCGCCCAUUUUCACCGGCGCGAGGUCGUACGUCGCGAUCCGCUCUCCCAAACUCGUCAGUGACGUCAUAGAUGUGGUCGUGCACACAGAACCUCACACCGUCAUGAAUUACUUGGGAGUUCGGCUGAUGAUCCAAAUCGCUCCGUUUAUACCAGAAGCUGGCGUGACUAACUUCUACAGUACCAUGGUCUACGGCAAGCAGCGAACGGCUCCGUCUCGCUGGCAGCUGUGCGUUCGUGCUACGGAGAAGGCCCUGCACCCGCUUGUUCACUAUGCCUUAUUUCACGACGCCCGUCUUAAAGCAUCAAUGCCAUCCAUUACCGACGUCGUCAGCAAAAUAAUCGCCGAAUUCACCGGAGAAGUUGACGCCUCGUCGCUAUUCGAAGACGAUUCAAAGGCUGCGAUCCAUCGCAUCUUGUCGACGAUAGAAGUGAAUAUAGCGAGUCCUAGUUGGAUCAACGACACAGCUUCGAUAGCCGACUAUGUCGACGGCCUUCCUGCUUUCAAGGCGACGCGGCGCGGCCUGGAGACGUACGUCGCAUUCCUCCAGCACACCUUCUUCGAUUCCUUGAGUAGGGGAACGCGCACACGAUGGAGCCGUUCCGUCUUCAGCGCCAAUUGCUGGCACGAAUCGUACCCGAGGACCGUCUACGUUCCCCUGAUUGCAUUCAACGUGACGCAGGUCUUUGAGGAAGGCGACGUGGACUACGUGCAGCUGUCGCGCUUGGCGCCACGACUGAGCAGAUGCCUGUUUGACACGCUUCUGGAGGAGACCAACUCGACAGAUGACACCGUCCACUGGCUCACGGAAGAGACCCAGCGGAGGAUGUCUGGGGUAGAGGACUGCCUGCGAGGGCGCGCGGAGAGCGUUGGGUUGGGGCGGCUCCGCGACGUCCUCGCCGCGCGCGUUGCCUUCGGUCUUUUCCGAAAAAGCAACGCCGCUGAGCACGAGCUCGCGACGUCGCUGCUCGACGGCCGCGUCAUGACAAGCAUCCAAGUAUUCUUUGUCUACCUAAUGCUCCAGUCCUGUGAAAAGCUCAGUGAUCCUGACCAAGCCUGGCCGGCCGGCGUCGACGACUGGAGCAUCGCGCUUCGCGAUAGCGGCGACUUCGCCGGCGCGUACAAUUGUACGACGGGCUCUACCAUGGGGAGUGCGAAGCGAAGCUGCCUCCAUUGAACAAUACGCAGUGGCCUGUUCCGAAGGUGGGACUUGAUAUCGAGCGCUUCGUUUAACGUUAACGAAGCUUUUCUUUCGUGAAUUCGCCUUUUUCGAUUUCAAUCUACAGUGAUGAAUAAGAUAUGGUGGUGCUACUUUGUACUAAAUUUUCAUUUUCUUACAUUCUAUGAAAUGAUCGAAUAUGAUAGAAUGAAUUCUAUCACCGAAGCGAAGAGCUGCUUUCAAUCUAUUGAAUUCUUGGAGGAGGAGGAGGAAUAAACUUCAUUUGUGCACA